UGCCCUAUUCCCUAUCAUGAACUCUAACCCUCUGGAUCCAUAAACCAAAAUAGACAGUUUCUUUGCUAAGUUUUCUUGGUUAUGGUGUUUGAUCACAGCAACAGAAAAGUAACUAGUACAGUUGUUAAAUUCCCAACAUUAAAGAUUUUGGAGACUUACGUUUUUUUUUUGUUUUUGUUUUUUUUAUUAUUUUCAGUGGUAGGAAAUCAGACUCAAGGCCUCACGCAUGCCAGGCAAAUGCUUUCUCCUAAACUAUACCUCUAUCCCCAAGACUUGCUUUCUUUUUUUUUUUUCUGUUAUCUUUCUCAUUCUGGGGAUUGAAUCAGGGCCUUGUCUAUGCUAGGCAAGUGUUUACUGAUGAGCAAUGUAACUGUUGCUUUUUAAAGUUCUUUAUUUUGAGACUGGGGUCUUGCUAAGUUAUUCAGGCUGGUCCCAAAUUUUUGGUCCUUCUACAUCAGCUUUCCAAGUAGCUGUACUUACGAUUGUGUGCCACCACAUCUUGAUGAGGCUUGUAAUUUUUUUUCCUUCUUUCUUUUUCUUUUUGGUGUGUGUGUGGGAGGGCGGGGAGAAGGGGUCAAGGUUACCCAGGCUUAUCCUCUUGUUUCCAUGUCCCUAUGCUGGUAUAUUAGUUUCUUUUUUAUUGUGUUACAGCACUAUUGCCAAAAGCACUUUCGGGAAAAAGGAACUCACUUUGGCUUACAGUUGCAGAGGGACAGAGUGCUUUAUGGUGGAGAGGCACAGCAGCAAGGGCAGGCCCAGGAGCAGGAAACUGACGGCUCACAUCUUCACCCCAAACCCCAAACCAGAGUGAAGGGAAGUAAGGAACUAGUUCUACAGGAAUGCCCUUGACUGUAUUUAUGUGGGAAUGGAACCCGUGCACUUCAAAGUGUUGAGAGUUCAGAAUAUUAACCAAUAUUCACAAGACCAGACUGCAAGUGGUGAAGCUACAGACUGAAGCCUCUGGGGAAGCCAGGAGUAGAAAACCUGUGCGCAUGUCAAAGUUAGUGUUUUCAACGCUUAUGGCUAGCUAGCGAACACAUCGAGGUCCUAAAACUUAGCUGAGAAAAAAAGAAGAUAACCUAAAUAGAAUCACGAUCACAGCAUGUAACUUGACAGCUGGCACAAUCAAGAGCUGCUGAUUGAGUCUGAGGCGACUGCUCACUGCCAGACAGGCGCUCGCAUGCAGUCGGUGCAUGCACUGGACAAAGCUGUCUUGCAGGAGGAGGGCCUCAAGAAUUUGCUGGAGGCAGGCACAUCGGUCAACGCACCCCCGGAUCCUCAAGAGCAGUCCCCUGUUCACCUAGCUGCAGGAGGGGGCCUUGCUUGCUUGCUUCUCUGGCAGCUGCAAACCGGAGCUGACCUCAAUCAACAGGAUAUUUUGGGAGAAACUCCACUACACAAGGCCGCAAAAGUUGGAAGCCUGGAAUGCCUUAGCCUGCUUGUGGCCAGUGAUGCCCAGAUUGACUUAUGUAAUAAGAAUGGGCAAACAGCGGAAGAUCUAGCUUGGUUGUAUGGAUUUCCAGAAUGUGCCAGGUUUCUGACAAUGAUUAAAUGUAUGCAGACAACAAAACCAUCAAGCGAAAAACCUGAGGGUCCUCCCUGUGCCCCAGUGCUGAGACAGAAACGAGGUUUCCGAAGUGUGGAGAAUAGAGCUUUGAAGAGGAAGUGUUGUCCCCUUAAAAUGUCUUGCUGGGUAAGAAGAAGCUUGAAGAAGAGCUUCACUUCAGACAGAUCUACAAGCUGUGGCUUUGGCUUACCACAUGGCUAAACUUCCCAAGGAAAACUUUCUUCUAAGUGAAGAGAACAUUCAUGAAUUCAUGUGUUUACAUGACUAUGACAAUUUGACUGUGUAUACUUUGUUAUUUAACUUAUUAAAAUAAUAUU